GAAUGGAGCAAGAGUAAAUUUGCAAAGGGAAGUGCGGGGAAAGAUGUUGCACGCAUUAUUCUUUCUUAUUCUUUUUGGAAUAAUGUCCUUCAUGCUCUUAAAAUUGGUGGCCCUUUGGUUAAAGUACUCCGUUUGGUGGAUGGAGAGCAAAAAUCACCAAUGGGCUACCUCUCUGAAGCUAUGGAUAGGGCCAAGGAGGCUAUUCAAGCAUCAUUCACUAAUGAGCAAAAAUAUGCAAAGGUCUUUCAGAUCAUUGAUGCAAGACGGAAUGAGCAACUUCAUAGACCUUUGCAUGCAGCUGGACUUAUUCUGAACCCGUCACUCUUUUAUGAUCAGCAUGAGAAUAAUUCAUUGGCUAAAGAAGUGUGGACGGGAUUCCAUCAGAUAGUAGAUCAGCUUGCUAUUUACAAGGCAGCUGAAGGACUUUUUAAGCUCCGACUUGCUAUUAAACAAAGAAAGACGAAGUCACCAGUUGAGUGGUGUGACCAAUAUGGUGUAGAGACUCCGGAUUUACAGACUUUCGCCAUCAAAGUUCUAAGUUUAACUUGUAGCUCAUCCGGAAGUGAAAGGAACUGGAGCGUUUUUGAACAUAUUCAUACAAAGAAGAGGAAUCGACUAACCUUGAAGCGCCUCCAUAAUCUAGUGUUCAUCAAAUACAAUAGAGCAUUGAGGCGUCGCUACAACUACCGCAAUAUAAUUGAUCCAAUUCUUUUGGACAAUAUUGAUGAGGCUAAUGAGUUGCUAAUCGGAGUCCCCGAAGAUUGUGAAGAUAAAGAAGUAUUUGAAGGCGACUCUGAUUUCACUUGGGGUGAUGUUGCGGUUGGUGGUGGAGUUGGGGAGAAUCCUUAUGGUUUAAGGGGGAUUACUUCAAGUUCAAGCUCGAUUAGGAAGGGAAAAAGUGUGGCUACUACAAGUCGAUCCCUAUCCCUAAUUGAUGACGAUGAAAGUGAAGAGGAAGAGGAGGGGGAAGAAGAAGAUGACGAGCAAUACGAAGAUAUCAAGAUUUUGACAAUCUUGAAGAAGAACAAGAAGAGUAGAAGAAUAAGAUGUCGAUUCUAG